UGGAGCUGAAGAUGAGACUGUGAUGAGUCAGCAGCAGCCUCAUCGACAGCCUCACUGAUGAUGAUGAUGACGAGGAUGAUGAUGAGAAACAGCAAAGAAACCAAGUGACUGCUGCUGUUGUUUUUGUUCUUGUUCUCUGAUGUUCUGAUUCUCCUGCGAGCAGCAGCAGCAGCAGCAGGAGGAGGAGGAGGAAGAGGAAGAAGAGGAGUAGCCAUUGCAGCAGGAGCAGGUUUCACUCACUCCUGCUGCUCCUCUUUCCUUCAUGGAGCUCCAGCAGUGAGUCAGAAGCUCAGGUCCAGCCUCACGUUUCUCUAUUCUUCAUCUGGAUUUUUUUUUUCUAUUUCUGCGGCGACGGGUGAAGAAACGUCAUGUCGGGCCAGAGCAUCACCGACAGAAUCACCGCUGCUCAGCACAUCGUCACCGGUUCAGCGGUGUCCAAAACCGUGUGUAAGGCCACCACACACGAAGUCAUGGGUCCGAAGAAGAAGCACCUAGACUAUUUGAUCCACUGCACUAACGAGAUGAAUGUGAACAUCCCUCAGCUGGCAGACUCCCUCUUUGAGAGGACCACCAACACCAGCUGGGUGGUGGUCUUCAAGUCCCUCAUCACCACACAUCAUCUCAUGGUGUAUGGCAACGAGCGUUUUGUCCAGUAUUUGGCUUCCAGAAACACACUUUUCAACCUCAGUAAUUUUUUGGACAAAAGUGGGCUACAAGGCUACGACAUGUCCACGUUCAUCAGGAGGUACAGUCGCUACCUGAACGAGAAGGCGGUCUCCUACAGACAAGUGGCCUUUGACUUCACCAAAGUCAAACGAGGGGUGGACGGCGUCAUGAGGACCAUGAGCACAGAGAAGCUGCUCAGGACCAUCCCCAUCAUUCAGAACCAGAUGGACGCUCUCCUGGACUUUAACGUUAAUGCCAACGAGCUGACCAACGGAGUCAUCAACGCAGCCUUCAUGCUGCUCUUCAAAGACUCCAUCAGACUCUUCGCUGCCUACAACGAGGGCAUCAUCAACCUGCUGGAGAAAUACUUUGACAUGAAGAAGACACAGUGUAAAGAAGGUCUGGACAUUUAUAAAAAGUUCCUCACCAGGAUGACACGGAUAUCAGAAUUCCUCAAAGUAGCUGAGCAGGUGGGGAUUGACCGAGGUGACAUUCCUGAUCUGUCACAGGCUCCCAGCAGCCUCCUGGAAGCUCUGGAGCAGCACCUGGCCUCCUUAGAGGGCAAGAAGGUCAAGGACUCCACAGCUGCCAGCAGGGCGAGUACUCUGUCCAACGCCGUGUCGUCUUUGGCCAGCACAGGAAUGUCCUUCACUAAAGUGGAUGAACGGGAGAAGCAGGCAGCUCUGGAGGAGGAGCAGGCCCGACUUAAAGCUCUAAAGGAACAGAGGCUCAAAGAACUCUCUAAACGACCGUCCUUUGCCACCACGGAUACAUCUCCAGUGUUUACCACCAGGGGCAGCAUCAGCACAGCAGCAGCCAUUGACCUCUUCUCUGCACCUGGCUGCUCCAAUGGAGCAGUGACUGUGGAGAAGAACCUGUUUGAGCUUCAGUCCACGUCCUCAGGUCUUCCAGCAGCUGCAGCCUGGGCAGAUCCCUUCUCCUCAGCUGAGACUGGAGAAGACUCUGGGACAAACCUCAACCCCUUCCUGUCCCGACUGUCAGUGGAAUCUUCUCAGGCAACUGCAGACGUGAGCAGCUUCUCGUCCAGGAUGUUUGCUGGUUCCUUCUGUGCUCCAUCCUCUGAGGUCCAGAACCUUCCUCCCUUCUCUUCUGAACCUCCUGCUGGAGCAGCUCUCUUCACAGGGUACUCUGCAGCGCAGCCAUCAGGCAGUGGACUGCAGGUGGAUUUUGAGUCUGUCUUUGGAACCAACGCUGCAGGAGGAAACAGCAGCAACGUCGACGAGGCCACUGCAGGAAUCCUUAAGCCCACCGUGGCCGGGUCUUGUCCGUCCACCAGUCAGCAGCCAGGGAAGCUGGUGUCAGACGACCUGGACUCUUCCCUGGCUAACCUUGUGGGCAAUCUGGGCAUUGGAAAUGGCACGAUGAAAAAUGAGGUCCAGUGGAAUCAACCGGGCGAGAAGAGAAUGACCGGAGGAUCUAACUGGCAGCCCAGAGCAGCAGCCGGUUCCACCUGGAACCCCGUGUCUAUGCAUCCGUCAGUCAUGGCCUUUCCUGCCACCACACCCACAGGCAUGAUGGGAUACACUCUGCCCCCACAGAUGGGAUCCGCCAUGGGCCCCGUCAUGGCACCUCCCGCUCUGAUGUACAGCUCCCAGCCCGUCAUCAGACCUCAGAACCCGUUUGGUCCCGGGUCAGGUUCUCAGCCCUCAGCGGCCUCUAGUCCGUCUACCCAGAGUCCUCUUCGAGCUCCUGCUCAGGAUCCGUUUGCUCAUCUGUCUCUGAAGGACUUCCUGUAGGUCUUCAUGUCUUUAGAUGUGGUUGAUCUGACCUACUGUAAGGAGCAGAAAGGAUGAAAAAAAUCAAAAGAUUUGUUCAAAUUUUUUAUGAGUUUGUUAGAAAAUAAAAUAAAAAAAACAGAUGAUGAUGAUGAUGAUGAUUGUAGUGAUGAUGCUGUAGAUAAUGAAAGGGAUGUUGGUGAAGAUGAUGGUGAUCAGGAAAAAGAAUGAUGAUGAUGAAGUGAGAUUCUGUCCUCUCACGUCUUCUCCUCUCAUGUAGUCUAACUGUCAUCUGCUUCAGUUCUAAAGGCGUGGCUAAUGACCUGAUGUGAGUGGAGACAUUUGCGUCUGGACUUGGUAUUUAUUUAUACUAUUUUCUUCCAACACACUGAAACAUGUCAAUGUUAAUGAUGGUAAUAAUGUUGAAGACCAUGAUGUCAAGCUGAUGUAGGUCAGAGGUCAUGAUUCCACUGGUGUAAAUGAAACUAACGUGAAAUAUUCAUUCAUUUACAUUUUUUUAAAAGUCCAACGUUGCUCAGUUUUAAAUUUAAGCCUUUGUUUAUUUAUUUUUUAUUUAUUUGUUCCUCAUUCUCAUGCACCACAAUAUUAGGUACACCCCCCGCACACACACACACACACACACACACACACACCUCCCUGACAGCUCACUGCCCACAUAUGUUGUUGAAUCAUUUCUCAGCCUUUUUUAUCUCUCGUCUUAUGUUUGGUUUAUCGUUAGUCAUAUCUCUGAGUCUAAAUGUGAGCAUGUUUUUGGCUAACGUCUGUCUAAUUUCUAGCUGUUUUUAGUUAC